CUCCACGUCGCUGUGCCUCGGGUUCUGUCUUGCUGAGCCCUGGACCUUCCUCGGAAAUCGUAGGUAGGACGCCGGGAGACACAGGAAAGCUAGAAAUGAGUGAAGCUGUGACAGAGGCUGGGUUGGCCCCUGUAUACCCUGUGGAAAGAGGUGGCCUCAUUCAGCGUUUACUCCUGGGAGAGCAGACAUUUGGAAAGAGAAAGAAGAAAGGGUGAAAGGCAGCCAGUAAGUGGUGGGCUGAGUCCACACUCCGAAUACCAGAUGGUUGAAUGGGACCUUUGAGUACCUCUGCUGCUCCUGCCCCUGCCUCUUCUGCAAGAAAUAUCCUGACUCUGCGGAUUUGAGAGGACAGCAUCCAUGGCACCCUUUGACACAGCAAUGGAAUUGGUUCAAAGCUGACUUAAGCUCCUUGUCCUUAAACCCAUGAAAGCAACCAGUUAUCAUGGGGAAGGCUCCUAACCCUGAUGGCACUGAUUUGAGACUCUCAGGAGGAAACCGUUUAUAAACACCAGGGUAGAAAGGCACCCCCUCUGCCAGAGUAUAUCCAGGGACAAAGAAAACAAAAGAGGGAUGCUCGAGGAAGGGACUAAUAGAUAAAGUACUGAAACAAAGGACCACAAUUUGACUGAAUUGGAAAUCCAAAAUGUACAAAAAGAAUUUAUACAACAGAACAGGACUCGGUGGCCUUUGAGGAUGUGACUGUGAAGUUCACCAUGGAGGAGUGGGCCCUCCUGGAUCCAUCCCAGAAGAAACUCUACAGAGAUGUGAUGCAGGAAACCUUCAGGAACCUGGCCUCAAUAGUAUGUAUUUCAGAAGAAAAAUGGGAAGUCUAUGACAGCGAAGAUCGGGAUGAGAAUCAUGGGACACAUCUAAUCAGUCAAAUGGUAGGAAGACUCUGUAAAUGUAAAGAAUGUAGCCAGUAUGAAGGAAUCUUCGGCCAGAUUCCAAAUCAGAAUCCGAAGAAGAGAACUCCUACUGGAAUAAAACUAGGUAAAUGGCCUUUGUGCGGACAGGUGUUCAUGCAUCAUUCAUCUUUGAACAAGCACCUGAGAUCUCACGCUGGACACAAACUAUAUGAGUAUCAAGAAGGUGAAGAGAAGCCUUAUAAAUGCAAGCGUUGUGGGAAAUCCUUCAAGCAUCGCCAAUCCAUUCGAAUGCACGAGAGGUCGCACGCUGGACAGAGACCCUAUGAAUGCAAGCACUGUGGGAAAGCUUUCAUUUGUCGCAAUUACUUUCAAAUUCAUCAAAGGGCACACAGUGGGGAAAAGCCCUACAAAUGUACAGAAUGCGGUAAAACCUUUAGUUAUUCAAGUAACUUACGUAAACACGAAAGGACUCAUAUCGGAGAGAAAUCUAGUGAAUGUAAGCAAUGUGGUAAAGCUUUCAGUUGUGUCAGGUCCUUUCGAAUACACGAAAGGAUACACAGUGCAAAAAAGCCCAAGGAAUGUACAAAAUGUGGUAAAACCUUCAGUUACUCAAGUAAUUUACAUAAGCAUGAGAGAAGUCAUAAUGGGGAGAAACUCUAUGAACGUAAAGAAGGUGGGAGAGCCUUGCAUUCUCUCACCAAAUUUCGAAGACCCGUGAUCGAGCACAAUGGAGAUGGGCUUUAUAAAUGUAAGGAGUGUGGGAAAGCCUUCAGGUGUCCCAAAAACUGUCGUAGUCAUGAAAUGACACACAGUGGAGUAAAGCCGUAUGAAUGUAAGGAAUGUGGUAAAGCUUUCAGCUCUCCCAGGUCCCUUGGAAAACACAGAAGAAUUCAUACUGCCACGAAGCCUCACGAAUGUAAGGAAUGUGGUAAGGCUUUUCGUUAUCCCAGUUCCCUUCGAAAUCACGAAAGAAUUCAUACGGGGGAGAAACCUUAUAAGUGUAAGGAAUGUGGGAAAGCUUUUAGUUGUCCCAAUUAUUUUCGAAUUCAUGAAAGAACUCACACUGGAGUAAAACCAUAUGAAUGUAAGCAGUGUGGAAGAGCUUUCAGUUGUCCCCAGUCCUUUCGGAUACACGAAAAGACGCAUAGCGCAGAAAAGCCCUAUGAAUGUGCAGAAUGUGGUAAAGUCUUCAGGUACUCCAGUAACUUACGCAAACACGAGAGAUCUCAUACUGAUGAUAAACGCUACGAAUGUAAACUAUGUGGUAAGGCCUUCAGCAGUCACUAUUAUGUUCAAAAACAUGAACGAACUCACACUGGAGAAAAGCCCUAUGAAUGUAAGGAAUGUGGGAAAGGCUUCAUUUUUCGCUCAGGUGUUCGAUCGCACAUGGUAAUCCACACUGGAGAUGGGCCUUAUAAAUGUAAGAAAUGUAAAAAAGCAUUUAUUUCUCCCAGUUCGUUACGAACACAUGAAAGAACUCACACUGGAGAGAAACCUUAUCAAUGUAAAACUUGUAGUAAAACCUUCAGUCUUACAAAUUCCUUACGAAAUCAUGAAAGAACUCAUACAUGAGAGAAAUGUAUGUGGUAAAGCUUUUUCCUAUUUUCCUAUGAACAUAAGGAAUGUGAGAAUGCAAAAGAUUUGUUGCAUAAUCUCUCAUGGACACGUAAGAAUGCACACUGGAGAGGAAUUGUAGAAAUGUACAGAACGCAAGAAAGCCUUCAGUUGUCCUGUUUCCUUCAGAACUUACCAAAAGUCACGGUGGAGAGAAUUCUAUUGGUAAUAAACAAUGUGGGAAACCUUCACUUGCCCGCCAUCACUAAACAUCUCAUUCCCCAGAUUCAUCCUGUAUAACUAAAAAAUAAAAACUUUGUAAUUUUUGCAGAUAUUUUCAAGGUGGUAUGAAAGUUAUAUGGGAAAGAAAUCAUACUCAAGUGAUAUGGGUAAGCUCUUUGAACCUUCAUGUAUAAUACUUCUGAAAAUUCACAACAUGAAAGAAAUGUUAUAAUCGUUAUACUG